AAAAUAAGUUUCAGUUGCAAAAAGCUGGCGUCGCGCGCGGACGUCGUUUGUGAUGGUGGUUGGUGGUACGUCGGCAUUUGCAUUUGCAUUUACACACACACAUUUUGUAUUUAUUUCUCACCAACCCAAAUAAUGAUGCGUGCGCGUUCGAGAUUUUUUUAAGUGUUUGUUGUAAGAAACAAAAAACGUACAUAUACAUAGUUACAAAUGAUUUGUGAUGUUAAGUGAAAGAAAGAAAGACGCAUGAAAACGCGAAGCAAGAAGAGGGCGUAAAAUAAACAGAAUCAGUGAAAACAAAAAAAAAAAAAAACAAAACGAAAUCAACGACAACGACAACUUUUGUCAAUCAAAGAACCAGCGGUAGCAGAAGAAGAACAACAACAACGACACGCUGCUGUUUUGUUGCUGUAGUGGCGGCAGCAGCCAACAGGGCGCUGGCAACGAAUUGCGAUGCCUGGACUCGUGGUCUUCAGACGUCGUUGGUCUGUUGGCUCUGAUGAUCUGGUAGUGCCAGGAGCAUUUCUUCUGGCAUUACAUUUUAUAUGUUUUGUGCUUGUGGCUGUCUCGUUAGUUUUGUUUGAGUACGACACAGGUGUUUUAAGUGUUAAACUAUUGUUCUAUCAUCUAAUAGGCUAUUUGUUAAUACUAUUUUUUUCAAUAUGUGUAGAGAUAGGCAUUUGUGUGAUCUCGAUGCGCGGCAGCAUUUUGGAUUCCGAGGCGCGUACAUCGAUCAAUAUAUGGAUAUAUCUCAAAAGCUUGGUGAUAUUAUUUGAUAUUGCAUGGCUGAUACUGGGCUCAAUUUGGCUCUCACAUUACUAUGUCGAGGCGCCUAUCGACGAGGCCAAAAAGAUCUUCAUUGCCAUAAUCAUCUGCAACUGGACGCUGGUGUUCAUCACCCUGAUAACUAUCUGGUGCACGUUCGAUGCAGCCGGACGUUCAUGGGUAAAGAUGAAGAAGUACCAGCGAUCCAUGCGUGAGACUGAAUCGCGUUUCAACUACAAGCGCAGCAACAGCAUGAAUCGCAACUGGCGCCAGCGCAAAGUGAUGCGUGCCUAUCAGGACAGCUGGGAUCAUCGCUGUCGCCUGCUAUUCUGCUGCAUGGGCUCCUCGGAGCGCAAUCGCAACUCGUUCACGGACAUCGCCCGCCUGCUCAGCGACUUUUUUCGCGAACUGGACGUGGUGCCCUCGGAUGUGGUCGCCGGUCUAGUGCUGUUGCGCAAAUUCCAGCGACUCGAACGCGAGGCGAUUGUCAGGCAGCGCAAGAAUGGCACCUACGAGUUCCUCAGCGGUGUGCCCAUCACGGAGCGCACCCAGUUCCUAGCACUCAACGAUGCCAAAAACUAUGACUUCUUUCAGACCGUCAUCCAUUACAUGUACUUCGCUCAGGGCGCCUACGGUUGGCCCAUGUACGUCAUCAUCAAUCGCAGCAAAAUGUGGCAUCUGCUGCCCGAGCUCAAAUGCUUUGGCUGCUGUUGCGGCAGCGGCGACGACAGCCAAGUAAUCCAGGACAAUUGCUGCUACUGCAACUAUGCGGCACUGAAGAAGACGCUUCAGCUGGGCGACAUCGACAUCGUGUAUGCCACGUACCACGUGGAUGUGGGCGAGACGCCGUUCUUUGUGGCCGUCGACUAUACGCAAAAGAAGAUUGUGAUCAGCAUACGUGGCACGCUGAGCAUGAAGGACAUCCUCACCGAUCUGAAUGCCGAGGGUGAAGUGUUGCCGCUGCAGCCGCCGCGCGAUGAUUGGCUGGGCCACAAGGGCAUGGUGCAGGCGGCGAUCUACAUACGCAACAAGCUGCAGCAGGAGAAUCUCAUUGAGCGGGCGUUGCAACGGAAUGCGGAUCGUUUGACGCACACGUUUGAUCUCGUGCUCGUCGGCCAUUCGCUGGGCGCGGGCACAGCGGCCAUUUUGGCCAUUCUCCUGAAGCCGGAUCAUCCGACGCUGCAGUGUUUCAGCUACUCGCCGCCAGGUGGACUCCUGAGCAUGCCCGCUGUCGAGUACUCGAAGUCGUUCAUCACGUCCGUGGUGCUUGGCAAGGAUGUGGUGCCACGCAUCGGCCUCAAUCAAAUGGAGGCGCUACGUGCUGAUCUCAUCAAUGCCAUACAGCGCAGUGUCGAUCCCAAGUGGAAGACCAUCUCGUGUUCGGUCAUCUGCUGUGGCUGCGGACCCGAACCCACGUCCGUGGUUAACAUGUCCGGCCAGGAUACGCACAUCAAUCAGUAUCAGGAGGAACGUGGCACAGCUCGUUCAACCAGCGCGCAUCCAACGGACAGCUCAAUAGCUUUAACACUGCAUCAGCCCUUAUAUCCGCCCGGUCGCAUCAUUCACAUUGUGCGACAUCAUCCCAAGCCAGAUGAGCAAAAAUACGACAGUGGUUGGAGAAAUGUGCUCAAAAGUCGAGAGCCAGUCUAUCAGGCUAUAUGGGCCGAUUCAACCGAUUUCGAUGAGGUGCUCAUAUCACCUGUCAUGCUGCAGGAUCAUAUGCCCGAUAAGGUGCUCGCCGCGCUCAAGAAGGUUGUAACAACGAGUGGUCCACGCAAACCCCAACGCCAGACCUCCAAUGCCUUCUCCACAAACUCCACAGAACAGGAGCCGGAGCAACUGGAACUGGAGCUCCAACCGGAGCCGCAACCGGAGCCUGCAGACAGUUCCUACACGAAUCUGAGCAACUGCAUCAUGCUGACGCCGACGGCACAGCAUAAGCUUUGCCUAGAAACAUCGUUUACCAAUCUGCAGCAGCAGCAGCAACAGCAACAACAGCAGCAACAGCUGCAACUGCAACUGCAACCGGGAAUUGUAGGUGGCAGUAAAACGUCCUCGUUGGCGGGCAGCAUCUUUGGCCGGAGCCAGUUGAGCUCAACGACCACACAGCCGUAUGACAACAUAUCAAGCGUGCUGGACGACAGCAUUACAACGGUGAUGAGCAUGCGCAAGAGUCCCAGCUCGAUGCUGAGCGAGACCACAACCAUGCUGCUGGACAAUGCGGAGGCGCAGCCACGCCUCAAAGCGGUUGCCUUUGACAUGGCGCCGACACCCACAACGACACCGACGCCGCCCAUGCUGCACCGCCAGCUGUCGCGUCAGCAUUCGGAGAAAAAGCCUCGCACGUUGCCACUGACGCAAGCGUUGCGUCGCGCCUCCGUGGCAGGCAACGUCGAUCUGCUGCAUGAUGAUUGGUAUGGACUGGCGCCUUUGGCCAGUCCGGAGACACUGUCGGAGAUCUCAAGCGUCUCGUCGCGCAACAGCGUGCCCCUAAGCAGCCUGGCGAACAGCAUUGAACGCUAUCUGCAGCAUGUGGGCGUUGCCCAAGGCAUGCCCAAAGUGCCACUGGAGGAUAUCUUUGAGUCGCAGCUGCACACACCGAAGGUGAUGCGACGUGCACUAAAAUUCAGCGAGAAUCUCGCUGGUUGUGCGGAGGAUUCACGCAAUCUGGAUCAGUAUAAGCGUUUGGGUCGCGUCUUUGUCACGUUUCCCCGCAUCUUUCCCGGCGACUCGAUGACGGCAUCAACGCUGCAGCAACAGCAUCAGCAACUGGACUCCAAUUCGAGUGACGAUAGCUUCGAGUCGGCGCACAGUCUGCAACAGCGUCUGCAGUUGCCACCGACAGUGGCAUGUGCAGCCAGCUGCUCCAAGUCCGCCGAUCAACUGGAUGAGCCCGGCGCCAGUGUGGUCAAGAAGUUAACAUUCAGCGAUAGCAACAUUCUAGCCGACGAGCAUUGUUUGCGCCUCUGUCCGCAUUGUCCCUGUCGCAGUGAUGCUGGCCGGGAUUGCUGUACACGGCACGAGCAUCAGGAGUGCGCCGCAAGCAACAACAACAACAACAACAAUACGACCACAGUGGGCAGCACGGAUACGAACAGCAGCUUCUACAGCGCCAAUUCGAGCACAUCGCUGGAGCAGCAACCAGCUGUUGCUCCUGCUGCUGUUGCCAGGCAGCUGAAUGGCGGCUGCGGAGCUACAGCGCUGCACGACGAGAUACUUAUGCGUCCCGGUGUCCUUGAAUCCCAUUUCCCUGUCUAUGGCGGCGGCAAGGAGCGCAAGGAGACGCCGGCCAUUGUGGCGCCCGCAUCGCCAACGCCGCUCAGCCUCAAUGGGCAGUGGCCCGAUGUGGUUGGCGGUCGUGUGCGCAAGCGUCUCUCCUCGGAGGAGUUUGUGUUCACGCGACCCGACGAGCAUCAUCUUCCCUCUCAUUUAGUACAAAUCGGCGGUGAUACUCGUGGCAGCUGCGUAGGGGGUUCCCCUGCAAAUCGCAAGCAGCGACGCGGCUGCGCAGCUGUUUAUCCCGUCGUUGGCAACAAUGUGGUGCGACGUAUCGGCAACGCUGGCAAUGUUGAUGAUGCCGUCUCUGUCUCUCCCUCGUCCAUUAGCAAAUUCUCCCGCGCACGCGUCGCUGCAGCGGCCUCUGCCAAGGUGGCGGCGGCGGCAGCGACGGCUGGUUUAAAUAACGAAAGUAAUGUUUAAUAAUUAUAAUUAGUAUACACACACAACACAUAGACACCUAAAAUCUAAGCGUAGUUGAAUGCAGUACCUAACAA